UCGCACGUGGAGUUAGCGCAAUCUGUCAAAAUGGCUGCUGUAGAAAGUGGACAGUUAGCUCUUCUCAGUGUAUCAAAUAAACAAGGACUUGUAGAAUUUGCCAAGAAGCUCCAUGAGUUAGGGUUCAGGCUAAUUGCAUCUGGUGGGACGGCAAAUGCUAUAAGGACCAAUAAUAUCCCAGUAAGGGAUGUUGCUGAAAUUACUGGUGCACCUGAAAUGCUUGGUGGUCGAGUGAAGACUCUCCAUCCAGCUGUUCAUGGAGGGAUUUUAGCUCGGUUAUCUGAAGGAGAUAAAAAUGAUAUGGCUAAGCAAGGUUAUGAGUAUAUAAGAGUGGUGGUUUGUAAUUUGUAUCCAUUUGUGAAGACAGUUUCUAAGGAAGGUGUCACUGUUCCAGAUGCAGUUGAACAAAUUGACAUUGGUGGGGUUACUUUGCUUAGAGCGGCUGCCAAGAACCAUGCAAGAGUUACAGUUGUGUGUGACCCAGAUGACUAUGACAAAGUUGCAUCAGAAAUGUCAGCAAGUACCUCUCACGACACCCAAGAAGAAACCAGGAAGUCUUUGGCAUUGAAAGCCUUCAAUCAUACAGCUGGCUAUGACCUUGCCAUCUCAGACUACUUCAGAAAGCAGUUCAGUGAAGGAUUGUCACACAUCCCAUUGAGAUACGGCAUGAAUCCGCACCAAAAACCUGCUCAGCUUUACACGAUGGAACCUCGUUUACCUGUCACAGUCGUCAAUGGGUCCCCAGGAUUUAUUAACUUGUGCGAUGCAUUCAACUCCUGGCAACUUGUUAGAGAACUCAGACAGUCCCUAAACAUCCCUGCAGCGGCCUCUUUCAAGCAUGUCAGCCCAGCAGGUGCUGCAGUGGGUGUUGCACUCACACCAGAAGAAGCUAAAGUUGCUAUGGUUGAUGACAUGACUGAUAGUCUUACACCUUUAGCUAUUGCAUAUGCCAGGGCCAGGGCUGCUGAUAGGAUGUCAUCCUUUGGUGAUUGGGUUGCAUUGUCAGAUGUGUGUGACCUGCCGACGGCAAAAAUUAUUUCAAGAGAGGUUUCAGAUGGUAUCAUCGCCCCUGGGUUCAGUAAUGAUGCACUUGAGGUGCUCAAGAAGAAGAAAGGAGGAAAAUACUGUGUCUUGCAGAUGGAUCCAAACUAUGARCCAACUUCUAUGGAAAGUAGAACAAUCUUUGGACUCCAUCUUGAACAACUCAGAAAUAACUGUACCAUUGAUGGAGAUAUGUUUAAGGAUGUAAAGACAAACAAAAAAGUGGUGCCAGAGUCUGCAAUCAGGGAUCUUAUAGUUGCCAGUAUUGCACUUAAAUAUACACAGUCUAAUUCAGUGUGUUAUGCAAAGAAUGGACAAGUAAUUGGUAUUGGUGCUGGACAACAAUCUAGAAUACAUUGUACAAGACUAGCUGGUGAAAAGGCUAACAAYUGGUGGUUGCGUCAUCACCCAAGAGUUUUAGGGAUGACUUUUAAAAAGGGAACAAAGAGGGCUGAAAUGUCAAAUGCUAUUGAUGUCUUUGUGAAUGGAACUGUUGGACAAGAUACAGAUAAGACUACUUGGGAAGCUAUGUUUGAAAACCCACCAGCACUGCUAACAGAGGAAGAACGUAAAGAAUGGAUUUCACAGCUUAAAGGAGUAUCCCUGAGCUCUGAUGCCUUCUUUCCAUUUAGAGACAAUAUAGAUCGAGCUGUACAGAGUGGAGUGGAAUUUAUUGCCAGUCCAGCAGGUUCAGCCGCAGAUGACAUAUGUGUACAAGCUGGGAAUGAUCAUGGCAUAACUAUGAUACACACAAAUACAAGACUGUUCCACCAUUAGCACAGUGAAAUCGCACAAGGACAGCUGCAUAAAGAAUAGACAAGAGUACUUUCAGUGAUUACACUGCUGACCAGUGAAAGAAAAUCRACUGUUUGUGUUGUUAUAGAAACAAAGUAAAAAGUCCAGUGUUUUUACAGAUUAAAGUUAAUCGCUCUUAAGGCUGCUAUUUAUUAAUUUGGUGUUGWAGGAUGAAAAAAUUAGGCAACUAAUAAAACGAUUUUAUUUCAUA